AUGUCAGUGGAAACUAGCACUUCUACAAGAUCUAACUUGCUUUCAGCUGGUCAAACUGCUAGCCUCCAUGAUGACUUCUUUGGGGCUAUUCCUUUACAAUAUACCUACCUCAUCAAAUCAGACCGCUCACGCUAUUUAUAUGAAUCAAGUACUGGCUUAUGGUCUGAUAUAGAUCCUUCAAAUACUUUCAUUUUAUCUCAACUCACCGACAAGGCCAACACAUCAUAUAAAAUCAUUGACAACUUCAACAGGAUUAACUCAAAUUUAGAUCCACAACACGAGCAAGUAUCAAUCUGUGACUCAAGAGGAAAUGAACAUCUUUUAAAUCUUAAAAUAGCUCAUAAAGGUGAAGCUAUACAUAAGAAGCACUCACAAUUGUUGGAAAAUUAUCAAAAAGUUGAUUUCAAAACUCUACUGGUAGAUAAGGGUAAAUUUAAAGGUAUUUUCCAAGAAGGUAACAUUGCUCCUGACUUCAAAAUUUUGCUUGAUGAAUUGGCUAACUAUGGAGGAGUUGAAAUUUUGGUUAGUAAAGAAAUUGAACACUUCAACGUGUCUUUGGCUUUUGAACCACCUAAUGAUUUAAUUGAUCAAAACAUAUACAUUUACAUCUUGGGUGAUUCUGAUGAUACAACAUUUGCUGAAACCAGAUUGAGAAUCUUACUUGAUAAUUACUUGGAUCUUUUUGUUGAUUCGGUUGAUAUUCCAUUAUCCCUACUUCCAUUAGUUGGUGGUGUAUCUUUUGGUGAUUUUAGAGCUAUUGCUAAAGAAACCGGUGUUAAUAUCUAUCUGCCAUCAUUGUUGCCUGAACUUUAUCACCAUUCCAAGAAACGUAACUUAAACUCUGUUUAUCUUUCAGGUUUAGAAGCACAAGUUUUGUUGGCCAAGAAAUUGAUGUUGGAUAUAAUUGAAAAGAGAAAAACUAAUAUUAUUUAUAAAAAUAUUUCAAUGUUAAAAUAUAAAAAAGAUUCAACUUUGUUAAGCAAAAAAGAUGAUGUUAGUUCAGUGAUGUAUAAACAUGGUGUGUUCAUUCAAUUGCCACCAUUGGGAUCAAAAGAUACCACUGUCCAUUUUCAAGGUUGCUCAUCAGAUUUGAUCGAAAGAGCUAUCGUUGAUUUCACCAAUUUCUCUAAUGAAAUCAUUUAUGCUAACUUAUGGUUUCAUAAAGAUACAAUCGAAAAUAAUUAUCAUACUCCUGCUGAUUUGAAUGUUAAUGUUGAAGAAUUACAAGAUCUUGUUUCAAGAAUCUCAAUUGCAUCAAACGUUACGAUCUAUAUUAAUGUUUUUAAUGCUUCAUUCCAGAUCAUUGGUUCUCAAGAUGAUAUUUUGAAAGCUGUUAAAUUAUUCAGUAGCUAUUCUAAACAGCUAUACCUUGAUUGUGAAUGUGCUAUUGAUGCUAAAAUUGAAUUAGGCUUAGCAUAUCAUGAAUUCAUUAGUGGUAAAAAAAAUGGUAAAAUUUCCAAAAUUAUGAACAAUUUCAAGACAUCAACAAUCAACUUUGAGCCAUUGAAUGAUUAUAGUUUAUUAGUUGACUUAAAAUCUGUUGAUUUUAAUGAUUUCAUUAAUGCUUAUGAUCAGUUACAAAAUGAAUUUCCAUCAGAAGUUAGAUUUUAUAUCCCUGAAUCUUUCCAUAGACAAAUCAUUGGAACUGGUGGUUCAUUAAUUCAAUCAAUUAUGAGAAAAUAUAAUGUGUUCAUUAAAUUUUCUAACAGCUAUGAUCUAAAAAAUAACUUCAAAAGUCAUGUGAGAUAUGAUAAUGUUAUUGUCAGAUGUCCUUUCAAAAAUUCAUCAAACAUACCAUUAGUCAAGAACGAAUUAAAUAAUCUUUUGAUUAAUAAUGAAAACACAACAUUUUUUAAUACAUUUUUCAAAAUUUCAAGAAAUCAAUUUCGUCUUUUUGAUUUUGAUAAAAUUCAACAAAUUGAAAAGAAAACUUCAACUUUUGUUAGAUUUCCAAAUACAGAACCGAAUGAUUUUCAACUUGUUGAAGUGUUAGGUACCGAAAAUCAUUCUGCUAAUGCUACAAAAUUGUUUGUCAAUGAACUUGCUGAAAGCUAUGAAUUCAAAAUUUCAUUUUCUAAAAAAUUCAAUGAUACCUUCACUGAUUUAAAUAAAGAAUUUGUUGAAAAAAUUAAAGUUCCAUUCAAGAUUCUGUAUAAUUUCGAAAUUAUGGGACUUGAUAGAAAAACUACUAGCUUAGUUCCAUACCAUUCAUUAAUAUUAUCGUUCUUACCAGAGAGUGAUUUGUUUUUGGAAGAUGCAAUUACCCAUUUAACUGGCUUCUUACGUGAAAAUGAAUUUAUGAUCAUUGAUAGAGGAGAAUUAUCAAAUGCAGAUACCAUUGUACAAGGCUCAGCAUCAAGAUAUUCACAAUUUAGUCAAAAUUAUAACAAUGUUAAAUCAGGAAACCCAUUUAACAAACAACACGGUUCUGCAGGCCAAGUACAUGCCAAUUAUGAUACCAAUUUUUCCAAAUACCCUUUUCAACCACCAUCUACCACCUUACCACUUCAAUUACCCCAAUCUCAACAACUAUACCAAUUACCUAAUUCACAAGAAAGAAUCAUGGUUUCACAGCCAACAAUUGUUCAACCAUUAGGUGUUAAUUUUAGUGAACAAAAAAUAUUAAAUGCACAAAAUCAAGCAUUUGAAAAACGUCCAGCAACUCAUAAUGGUUAUGAUAACAUUAAUGUAAAUUCAAAGCCAAAUUUCUUUCAAAGAAGACCAUUUUGA